AUGGGGAAUAGCUCUUCCAAACAAGCUAAAGGCCCUCGACGUCGCCAGGCCGCAAAGCAAGCGCAGCGCCCCCAGAUCUCCGGCCCAUCAGGUGGGCUCCAGAUGAUUCCGACUCCUCAGAGAGAUAACACCGGCCGGCCAGUCGUCCACCGAUCGUUUGAGAUCAAUCGGGACCAGUUGCUUCGCGCGUUCCGGUACAUGGCCGAAUACCUUCGCCAACAACGUACCCAUUUGACCAUCUAUGUUGCCGGCGGUGCAGUUAACACUAUCUAUCUUCGUUCACGUCACACAACCGGUGAUGUGGACUUCUUUGGCGCAAAUGAACAAAGUCGGCUUCUCAGAGACGCGUCCAAAUAUGCUCAGCAACGUUCCAAAUCUCAACUCGGAGCCAGUUGGUUCAACAAUUCCAUGUCCCUGUUUCUGACCCGGACGCUGGAACAGGAACUCAUGGGUGCAUCCCAGCGCCAGAAUGCCGUCCUGUUCAAUGAACCUGGACUCACGGUCUAUGCUGUUCCUUGGGAAUACGCACUCUGCGGCAAGAUGGACCGACUUACGAAGCCGGACAAGCGGCCGUACGAUGCUGCAGAUGCUGUGGCUUAUCUUCAUGAAUGUGUCAAGUCAAAUGGCGGGCGUGCAAUUCAAGCACGCCAGGUUGAGGCAUGGGCGCAGAAAUACAACAAGGCGACUUCAGUCAAAGUGCUGAGGGAGAUUGACACCCUGUAUAAAGGCAAGUACGGGGCACAUGGCAUAAUUUUCUGA